GGAACCGGAAGUGGAUCUGGAGCCUGGAGGAGGAAGUCGCCGGCCGCCCCGUCAGCAGCUGCGGUUGCCAGUAGGCGCCGGGGGUGCCAGUAGGCGGCGGUGGUCCCGAAGGGCGGCGGCCGCGCUGCCCGAGGGCUCGGCACCAUGAAGCUGUACAGCCUCAGUGUACUCUACAAAGGCGAGCCCAAAGCCGUGCUGCUCAAAGCCGCGUACGACGUGUCUUCCUUCAGCUUCUUCCAGAGGUCCAGUGUUCAGGAAUUUAUGACCUUCACAAGUCAACUGAUUGUGGAGCGCUCCGCGAAAGGCACCAGAUCAUCUGUCAAAGAACAAGAAUAUCUGUGCCAUGUCUAUGUUCGGAAUGACAGUCUUGCAGGUGUGGCCAUUGCUGACAAUGAAUACCCAUCCCGGGUAGCCUUUACCUUGCUGGAGAAGGUACUAGAUGAAUUCUCCAACCAGGUGGACAAGAUAGACUGGCCAGUAGGAUCCCCUGCCACAAUCAAUUAUACAUCCCUGGAUAGUCACCUUAGUAGAUACCAGAACCCCCGAGAAGCUGACCCCAUGAGCAAAGUGCAGGCUGAACUAGAUGAGACCAAAAUCAUUCUGCACAACACCAUGGAGUCUUUGUUAGAGCGAGGUGAGAAGCUAGAUGACUUGGUGUCCAAAUCUGAGGUGCUGGGGACGCAGUCUAAAGCCUUCUAUAAAACUGCCCGGAAGCAAAACUCCUGCUGUGCAAUCAUGUGAUGCAGCCCACAGAGGCCCAGUGCUGGAACGUCACCAUCAUUCACAUCAGAACUGCAGCCCCCAGAAAAGAAGAGACUGCCAUAGAAGAGGACCUGAGUUGGGGCACACUGGCCACUUUUUAUUUUGGAGUUUCUGGGAAGAACUGAGGGAUGGUGAAAGGGUGGGGACCAUUCAAAUUCAUGUCUGGUAGUGACUUCUGGGAAAGAACUUGAGGACCCCACAGGUAUAUUUUUGGGCAAAUGAAACCAUAAACUCUGAGUGGCUCCUG